AUGGUGGAGAACCUAUUGCUAAAACUGCAAUCUCGCAAUGUGGCCCGAAACAAGCAUAUUCCUUGGAUUGUGCAACCAGUGGUGAAGUCGUUGCCUGCAAAGGCUUGUGGCGACGCUGUUCAAUCGCAGGCCACCCGCCCGGCCUCCGACGCGACGGCCCCCUCCGGCAUACACGCCACCAACGGCCGGACCUGCACCGCCUCCUCCUCCUCCUCCUCCUCCUCCUGGGUACCAGCCACCUGUGUACCAGCCGCCCGUAGUGGUUGGCCCACCAGUGGUCGUCGGGCCACCAGCUGUGUACAUCGGAACACCUAUUGGAGUCGGACCACCGUACGGAAUCCCUCAGGUUCCCACGCCUUCUCCGGCACCGCCGAGGCCAGCAACCAGGCGGCCAGGUCCUGCUUACACUCCGCCCCCAGCAGCAGCGGGUCCCCCUGCUUACCAGCCCCCCUCUUUCCCUCCUGCCGCCCCCCCUCCUUCCUACGAGCCGUACCAGCCCCCUGCGGCAACGCCGGCACCACCCAGAGGCCCUUCACCCUCUCCUCCCUUUGCAACCAGACCUCCGACAAGAAGGCCUUUCCCCACAUACCCUGCAGGCCCGCCAGCUCAAGAGCCGUAAGUAUAAAUUCAAGUGGCUGUAUAGAGGCCACCUUAUACCAGCUGCCCAAUAUCGUACACGAGCGUUCUAAAUGACGUUAUAUGAAAAAAAACGAGUGAUGUUAACUUCAAGGGUUCGUCUUUAAGAACCAUGGA